AGCCCAGGGUAUCGCCAUUUCCACGACCGCAUAGCAGCUUAGUCAGCCAAACACCAAGCCAUCUUUCGGAUCCCCCAAUUCCCAAUCCCACCCGUGGUGGCUGAGGAGAGACAACCAUGGCCGCCACCUCUAAGCUCCUUCCCCACGAACGUCCGCUCCUCCCUCCCACCACCAUCUGCUCCUCCCUCCCAGUCUCCUAGGCGUCCAGCGUCCUAGCCACGGACAUGAACUGCUCCUCCUCUCAGCCAGCAUCAAUGCGGAUCCCCGCCGCCGAGGGUUUACUUCUGAAGCGUUCCACACCAUCGUCGCUACCACGCUCGCCGCCGGUCCCCAACGGAUCCGGCUCGUGUAGGCACGGCACGCCGGCGGACCGCCGCGCGUCGUGCCAUGUGUCGCCUCAUCGUGCUUCAAUGGCUCGGCUCGGUGUGGCCCGUCACUCUAGGGCCCGUGCCAGCCCGGCACGGCCUAGUUCCUACCGCCAGACGCGUGGCCGGAGGACCCGGCCCAGCCCAAGUUACAGGAAACACCAAGUAAGCAAGAAGAGGCGAGAGAAAGCAAGAACAGAGGAGCAAUGGUGAUCCUUGUCCCUUUAGAUGAUUCUGGGUGCUUACCUGAGUCAGAGAUCAUCAGACGGGAUGAACCGAGCAAGAAGGUUGUCGAGGCACGCGACCAUGACUCGCGAGGUGCGCCAGCCAACCAAGAAACCAAGAAUCGAAGAGCCAUGGAAACCCUUGUCCAUGUAGAAGACUCUGGCUCCUCCUCUGAGCCAGACAUUGUGAGGCGAGAUGACCGGAGCAAGGAGCCCCACGAGGCACUGGAUCAAGAAUCACGAGCUGGUCACGGUGAUUGCAACAGCACAAGGAAGAGGAAGGCCAUUAGCACUUCCAUCCCCGUCCCUCUACAGCAAUCUGGCGGCUUUCCCGAGCCUGAGGUUGGACGCGAUUGCCGGAACAAGGAGUCCCACCAGGCACUGGAUCAAGAAUCGCGAGCCGUUCAUGGUGAUUGCAAGAGGAAAGCCAUUAGCGCUUCAGAUUAUGCCAAGAAAGCUAGAAAGCAUUCCGCCAUUAGCACGCUGAAGAAGAUACAGCUACGAGAAAUUGGAUUCUCAGCAUCUUUCAGCAGAGAGAAGUUCAAGGGAAUGAAGAAAGAGAUCUCAGUGGACUUGUACAUGCGCAAAAACAGAGAAGCUCUUGAAGAAUUUGAACCGUUCAUGAGAAAUAGGUCUGCGAUUGUCAAAAUGAUUCCAAUACAGGAUAUUCUUGUUCUUCUAUCCUCAACAGGUGUAUGUUGCACUGUCAGCCGAGUGACAAAUCGCAUCAUUGCAUUUGUUACUAAAACUGGGGAAUUGACCGAGGACAUAUUUUACAACAAAAAGAACAAUUCUCUCAUCGUUUCCUCAUCAACUAGAAGUGAUAGUUACACAGCUAAAGAAUACAUGUCCAUCCCCAUUGGAUCGCUUAGAACACGUGAUCACAAUGGAUCUCGUGUUUUUUCUUCACAGCAGAUUAAGUGGCUCCUUGGCUUUUGA